AUUUGACAUGUCCGACAAUAUUGCUGUCGCUCCCGCGGACGAGGAAAUUGAGACCAACGUGCAAGAAGACGAAGGCCCUCCAGCAGCUCAAGAAGCCAGAGACCCAUGGGAGGAGGAAGCAGUCAAGCUUUCUGCCGCGAGCACCGAAAAUCUCAUGCGAAUGAUGGAGUGUUCGAUAUGUAAGGAGUAUUUGGUCAAGGCCACGCAGACAUCAUGCUGCGGGGCCGUGUUUUGCAAGCGCUGCAUCUGCAUGUGGGUGCGAGCCAAGGGUACAUGUCCUGUAUGCCGAAUGCAGCAAAUCCCAAGCAAAUUGACGCUGGCGAGGUACGUUCAGCGAAUUGCAGACGAGCUCAAGGACGAUCUCUGCCCCACCAACGACGCCAUCACCGACGGGGGGACGGGCCCAUCCACAGAGGUCCAACACCGACUCGACCAAUUGUUUACCCCAACAGGGGCUCAAAACCCCCUUGACCAAGUGUUUCAAGCGAACGUGUUGAUCAACGAAGGCGGGGACGACGAUGGCCCCGUCGAUGCCGCGGACAACGACGAUCCAGGUCGACCGUAUUUGUAUGCAAUCCCUGGCGCCGAAGAUCGGGCCCAUCAAUGCACCAUUCGCCUUGGUCAGAAUGGGUCGUUCUCGUUGCUGCUGGAACACACGCAGCGGGUGAUUUGCACGGCCGUGCGCACGCGCGGCGAUGGCGAUCACAGCAUCACGUUGACGAUCAAGUCACCCGACGACAUGGUCGUGGUGGCGACGCUGGAGCUGCUUCCCCACAGCGAUCAGUACUUAGCCGUCGAUCACUUGGGCCGCGACAUCAUGGCGGUGGAUUACAUGUCCAAGGACCCCGUGUUGGUGCUUCCGAAACCGGUUCAAAUCCUCAACGAGGGGUCUGACAUGACGCCAUUCGCUCCGCAGUCGCGCCGCGAUUCCAUCUGGAUGCAAGUGCGCCGACCAGACACGUCGCGCGUGAAUCCCUUCGAGGGCAAGUCGGACCCGUACUACGAUUUCAACCGAAAACACUCUUGGCUGCGCCACGGAGGUCGUUAUGUCCAGGGAGCCCGCACCAUCCUCGUGCUGGUUGGCCCCAAGAACAACGACAUGCCGUUCUUGUCGGUGGCGUACGCAAAUACCGAGCGCAGUCGCGUCUGGGUCGACUUUUUGCACCCCAUCGCCCCCCUGCAAGCGUUUGCGAUUGCCCUCACAGCGAUGGACCGCCACCGCCGCGUCCUCAAGGCCCGUGACGGUCCAUAGGACCCUUCUGGUGUGAUUUGUAACAUGCAUAUGCCACGAUGCUCUCGCGUGCUUGAUGCAUAAAUAUUGUGUGUUCUACUCCAAA